AUGAAAGGAUAUCAACCUCGAGACCUCGCUGUGCAUGGCGUUCGAGUGAACGCCGUGCAGGCAGCCUUUUGGUGUACCCCGUUUGUGCCGCGUCCUCUCCGGGCGACGCUCCUUCGGAUCGACGGCCGGCCCUACCCGGCGUACAACGACAUCAAGGACGUCGAGUACGACCUCGGCCGCUUCUCGGCCGUGGUGCAACAUGUGCAGUCGGACCCGUUCGCGCCUCCCUCGCGCUGCUACGUCCGCGUCCCGCUGGCGCACGCCGCCUUCCCGCCCGAGUGCUUCUCUCCGCCGGCCCGCGAGACGGCGCUGCGCGACUGGCUGACUCGCCGCUUCCACGCGGCGGCCAAGCGCGCGGGCGGAGGGGAGCUGCUCGUCGACUUGCCCGGGCAGCACGUGCUCGACCGCUCCUCCGUCAUCGUCGACCGGUCCGCCGCGGCCGCAGGCUUGCCCGGAGGGGGGGCGAUCGAGGCUCGCUUCACUGUCGCCCUGCCUGCGCGCGGGCGGUCGAUCUGCGGCGAGUGGGCGGCGCAGAUUUUCAGCGAGACGCUGCCGAGGCUGGUGCACGAGGCGCUGCUUCACGAGAGCACCGACCACUCCGCGCUCAUGGCGCACCUCUGCUCCGUCGAGGACCAGCAAGCGGCUCGCAGCCAGCUGGCCGGCCGAGGACUGGUCGCCUUCGUCGCGGACGGGUCUGUGCUGCCGCGAGCCACGGGAGCGAGCGACCGUCCGAUGGACGCUGCUUCGGCCGUCCCCUUCUCCUCCCCUCCCUCGCUGCGGGUCACCCUCCCCGUCCCGAACGCCGGCUCGCUAACCGGGAUGGGGCUGCCGCGCGGGGUCACCCUCAUAGUCGGAGGUGGCUUCCACGGCAAGUCGACUCUGCUCGAGGCGCUGCAGGUUGGUGUGUACGACAAGGUGUCGGGCGACGGGCGAGAGGGCGUCGUCACCGACCGGAUGGCGGUUAAGGCCGCCUCCAUCAUCGAGGCGCUCGAGGGCGGCGCCUCGGCGCUGCUGCUCGACGAGGACACGAGCGCGACCAACUUCAUGAUCCGCGACGCGCGCAUGCAGGCUCUGGUCAGCGCGGACCGCGAGCCGAUCCGCCCCUUCAUCACGCGCGUGCGCUCCCUCUGGUCCGAGCGGGGCGUCUCGACCGUCCUCGUGGUUGGAGGGUCGGGAGACUACUUCGACGUGCUGAUGCUGCACGAGUACUCGCCGAGCGACGCGACGGCCGCGGCCAAAGACGUCGCCGCUCGCAUCGCCGGCGGAGCGCCGCCUGAGUCCAAGGCCGACCGCGGCAUGCCCCCCACUCCGCGCCGCGUGCUGAGCGCGCCCGGCCUGACUGCGGGCAUGAAGACGCACACGGGGCGGGCGUCGAUCCGGUUCGGCGACGAGCCCGAGCUCGACUUGGGCGGAGUCGAGCAGAUCGUCGAGCACUCGCAGGUGCGGGCAAUCGCAGAGGCGUGCUUGCGGCUGGGCGGCGCGGCGAGGCCGAUCGACGACGCGCUCGCCGAGCUCGAGGCCUCCAUCCGCGAAGGCGGGCUCGACGUGCUCCGGCCGGGCUGGCGGCUUGGCAACCUCGCCGCACCGCGCAUGCUCGAGGUGGGUGCGGCGCUGAGCAGGCUCCGCGGGCUGGAGGUGGAAGGGUGCGUCGGGGGGAGGGGGUGAGGGCCCGGGGUGGCCGUGCCCGGCGUUGCGGGAUGGCACAUGCGGUCGGCUCCUGCGCAUGGUGGCGUGUCGGAUCGGCUAGCACGCGAGGUGCUCGUGUACAACGUCCUCGACCUGGCCGCCCGGCUGCACCUCCCCCUCCUGCAGCGCCUGGCCGCUCGCGCGAGCCCGCGCUCUUGCCUCGCUUCGUGCGCCGCCCGCACGCUGCUGGUACCGCUCAUCUACGCGUGCGUCCGCGUCGCGGGAGUCUACAUCGGGCUCGCGGCGGGCGCGACCGUCAGCUGGGCGGUGGGGCGGGUGAUGCAGCUGCCGCUCGCGUGUGGGUGCCGUCAGCCGGCUGUGGUAAAAAGCUGUCCCCAGCACAUUUAGCUUUUCCCGAUGUGACUUCUGAGAAGCUCUG